AUGCCCAAGUCUAGCUCUGGACAUCGACAGUCCAGUCGCAGUCAUCCAGAACCUCACCUAAACGAAGAUGUACUCCGAAAAGUUUUGUCUUACGCCAGCGAGGGGACUUUAUGGCGGACAAGAAGGGUCUCGCGAGGGCUGAAGAUGAUAGCGGACGCCAAGUUGAAGCCUUUUCUGGCAACGCAACGGGUGCUGUCUGAUGCCGCAUCCUCUAUUGACAUCUAUGAUCAUGACGAUAGACGCUGGCGCAAGAAGCAGAAAUCUCGCUACCGGAACCGGCUGGAACACGUCCACGCCCGCUUCGCCUACCACCUUGACACCUAUCCUCCUGCGUCCUCGCGUAUACGGCAUAUGUCCCUCGAACUGCGGGAGGACACGCUAUACGACUGGCCGCUGCUGGGCAGAAUUGGUCCCCAGCUGAUUAGCCUCCAGUUGGUCAUCCACGAUGAACUGGAAUGGUUCCACUGGGAGCCACGGGCUCGCUCACCAAAAAUCGCCUGGGACAAGAACGGGGAGGACUGGCGCGAGUGGGUCAUGGAUGACUAUGACAGCGGUUCUAUACGGGCGGCACAGAACACUCGCAAUCUACACAAGGCCUUUGCCCCAAUACUGUCUUGGUCGGACCGGCUGGACCACUCCAUCCGGUUCCCCCUUAUUCGGACCCUCAGCCUCAUCGCCACCGCUCGGGUCGUGAAUCACUUCGUCGCUGCCGCUAGACACUUCCCCAACCUGGUAGAGCUCACGCUCGCUUGUCCAUGGGCCGACAAGUACAACCUACAUGACGCGGACCCGCCAAUUAUCCGUCGCUCGUUCCCCAGCGUAACACAUCUCGUCGUGACCGGACGCACGCGGAUCGCGGUCCACGCGCUCAGCGUGCUCCAUCGCUCCCUCUUUAACGUCAAACAUCUCGUCUUUGCCGUCCCAAUCAACGACUCCCAAGGCGGACUGGGCGCGUGCGAUGUUGCCGCAAAAGCCAUCUUCAGCUUCACGCACCUGGAACAAUUGGCGGUCUACGGCUGUAUUGCCAGUGCGCUUAUGGAAGCGAUUAGGAGACGGCAGAUCCGGAACCCCAGCACCCCGGGUUUCGAGCAUCUUCGUCUUCUGGCCGUCGAGCGGGACGUGCCUGGACGGAGCUCGUAUUAUGAUUAUGAGCGGCGCAAAUCAUACCCUCUCAUGGACCAGUCGGACUACUCCUGUCCUCGCUUCCCUGCCCUCAGAUCCGUCAUCUUUGCGGAUCGACGAUCCACAUGGUCGGAUACGUCGGGAAGGAAGAAGCGCAAAUACAUCCUUGGGAGCGAAAUCGGCUUCGAGGACUUUUUCGAGAAAUCGCAUCUCCAGUCAUUAUUCAGCCGAUACAGCUCCUUAGAGCAUGCCUUCUGGAUCAGAGGCUAUCCGGCGGAUCCCCUCGCCAUCAACAAUGACGUCUCGACCUGGGCGGAGCAGGGCGUGAUGUGCGGGGUCCGGCGGUACGAGGGGGACAAGACCGGGGUCCACUCGAAUCAUCUGGUCCUGUACAUUCCGGCGCGUGAGGGGACAUCGGAGUGGCUCAAGGCCAGGCGGAUGCUGCCUAUCGCGCUCAAUCGGAAGUCACUGGAAGAUAGGGGGUUUCUCGAGGCCUCGGCGGCAUUAUUGAUGGAAGGUGUUCCGACGGCGAUGGGAGAGGAGAGCGGCAUAUUAGGCUUGUAUCUCUCGGACCCUGGAGAAUUCCACACCCAGGCGGAUCUCGCUGGUAGAGGCAUUUUGCCUGCCUCCCGUUCCCUCUCUUCCUCGCAUUCCGCUCCCCCCCUUCCUCCUCCCCAACUACACACCAAUCCACCUGCGGCUCGCCUAGCAGAUCACCCUCAUCCUGAUCACCCCACACCUCGUCCCGUACUUCCCGCUCGGAACCUCCAUCACUCCCUCAUGCUCGACGAAGCAUCCGCUAUCCUACGAGCACCCGCCGAGAUAUUCGAGGCUAUAGCCCAUCUCGCAGAUGAGCAGACGAUAUGGCGCCUGAUGGGGACGGAUCGGAGAGUACGCAGUGCCGUCAGACCUGCGCUACUGCCGCAUUUGGAGAAGCAGGUCUUGGCUAUCAGCCCAGCCUACAAGAAGACGGGAGUCUUCGAGUUCCUCAACAAGACCGUCCUCGAGCGGGACUGCUGCGAGCUCACUCCUCUGCGGGAGCUGCAUACCCGAUUUCAGCCCAUCCUCGCGUCGACAAUCGAUGCCGCCAUCCGCGAUCUUACUCUCUACCCAGUCCGGGACGACGAUAGAGAGGCGGGAUGGAACACUCUCCGAGCGACAGCUCCUCAUCUCCGCCGACUGGAUAUCUUCGUCCUCGAUCGACAUAGGCUCAAGCCCAUCCGUGACGCCGUCCACCUGGACUCGUUCUCGGAUGCGGCUAGCGCCAGGCAGCAGCCUCCUCCUCAUCUAUGGGAGCAGUGGAAGGGCGUCCACGACUAUCUUCGGGAUUGGUCGGAGAUCCUUGGACCGCCCGCCAUAGUAUUCCCCCACCUCACCACCCUCAUCCUUGCUUCUACCGCUCGAGGCCUCCAACACCUGCAUCAACUCGCUCGAUACGCGCCCAACUUGGUGGCGUUGGAGUGGAAUCGGGUGGGUCUGGACGCAUGUGUGGCCCAAUUCGGCGCACUCGAGAGGCUCGUCAUUUCCGGUGCACCAUCCGGUGCUAUCUACGCCUCUCGGGACAUCAUCCAGCGGUCCCCACGCCUCCGAUACCUCAGCAUCUACACCCCGCCGGCAUUUGAUUGGCCAUACGAAGCCACCAAACAGGUCAUGCCGGACCUCGUGCGGCUGAUCUCGGACCACAAGCGGAUGUUCGACCUCGCCCUGUAUGGCGGUGCGGGCAGCGAGGUACAUCCCGACGUUGACUUCGCCCGUCUGAAGGCGCUGGAAAUAGAGGGUGAGUAUUACGGGCUCGGAAAAUGGCAGGCUAGAUGGCCGUUGCUUGUCCAGGAUGGUCGACAUGAAGCCCGCCUUCCAAGUCUGCGACGACUCGCCUUCGUCGACAGACGCACGAACAGCUCCGGAGCCUACGUUCUCGGCGCCCGCGACCGGACGGGUUAUACCGAUUUCUUCCCCUCCGACUCCCACUGCUGCGAGCUCUUCCACACAUAUCCUAAGCUGGAUAGGGUAGAGUGGCUCGCUGGAAUCCCGCUCGACCCACUCAAUUUCGGAACAACACCAAACCAGGAAACGCGUAUCGUCAGAUGCUCGGCAGAGCGCGAGCGCAACAUCGCGUCCCCCUCGCAGUAUCGCGUCGAGGUCCGCAUAUACCCGGAGUUUAGAUACCGAGCAUAUCCCAAGCCGGACUCUCGGGCACAUCCUGGCAAGCCCGACGCGUCUCGACGCGUCUCGACGCGUCUCACAUUCCUGAUUCUAUCUCGAAACCUCAGCUUUCUUCUCUUAUCCGUCUUGCACAGCUGCAGCUGGGAUGGUACAGCUGAUCUCUCAGCAGGUUUCAAUUCCGGCGUACUGAUCGUCCUAUACCGCACCAUUCCGCCCAUUCUGCCUCAAAUAACUCAAUCUUGUACCGCCAUGUCUUCCGAUAAUUACUUCCACAAACUGCACAAGCACAUCUGGGUGCAGAUCAUCGACCAUCUCACUCCAAUCCAACCCAAACCGCUCUCGGGACAUACCAAGGAGGAGGUCCCCGUCGGCGCAUCCGACUCCAAGGCGUACAAGAAUGGCCUGCCUUCUGUAUCUGAGCCGGGCGCUACGUCCAGGGAGGAUAUACGAGCAGGGGCUCUCGCAGCGCUGAUGAGGACGUCCAUUGCCUUCAACCAUCUAUGUUCAAGCCGCCUAUACACCAAUAUCAUCUGCGACGACUUCCCCGCCCUGCUGUCGCACAUCCACUCUCCCAAGGCUCAUCGCGCCAUCCUCUCCAAACGCGAGCUUCUCCUCAAAACCACCCAUCUCCACAUCGAGUACUCGCGCAAAGUCGGCCAGCCGACCUACCUACAGCAUAUGCGGGACACGGCAUUCUGGGCGGUCUGCGGCUCUCGGAACGAGUUUGACGGAGCCACCGUCGAGGCACGUAUCGAGGCCAUCGCGCUCCAAGCGAUGUUCAAGGCGUUCGAGCGGGACGGAGCGUUUCCUCCGGACCUAGGCCGCCUGACCCAUGUCUCGGUCGGAGCGAUCUUUGGGGGUCAAGACCGCGGUACGGGGGUCAAGCACUUUUGCUCUCGUGGCGGCUUCGGCCCACUCUCUCUUCCGCCCCUCAUCGUAUGGUGCCGGAACUCGGAGAAGAGGGGCAAGCCCGUCUUCACAUAUCACUAUGACAUCGGUACGGCCUACCCCUCCAUCGCGGCCGGUCACAAAACCCGGCACAUCCUCGAGACUCACAGUCGCGCGUACAAUAUCCCCACCGUCGCGGCCAUUACGCAAGGCGCUACCAUCAAUACUCUCGGUGAGAGGCCCUACACCUCCAUCCCCUGGGGCGACAAGUACCUUGAUCUCGAGGUGUACUCCAGCAGCCAGCGCAUCGGGGCAGCGUCAGAAGAGAACAUGCCGUUCCCACCGGUAGGGGCCGAAUCGCCGCGGAGGUGCGGUGAUGAACGGGACCGCGAGUUUGUGGCGCUUGCGGAGGCACGGCAGCUCAGAAAGCUGGAGGCGCAGGGAUGGCCCGCUCAGGAUGAUGAUCAGGUCAGCUGGAAAGCCUGGAUCGACGCCCCUCCUUGCGAGGCGUGCGGGUGCAUAGGCCUUUCCGUCGUCCUGGCUGCAGGACCGCACGCUCAAGCUCAACUGAAACGUACGCACGGACCUGCUCCGCUAUACCUCCUACACAGCAUGCCGGCCGAAGCCUACACUUUCAACGGAUUCCCGGAAGAAGUUAUCGCUGUCAUCGCUGGAUACAGCGAAGAGCUGGCGAUUUGGCGACUGAUGGCGACGAGUCGAGCGGUGCGGAAUGCGGCACAGCCAGCUCUGCAGCCGCAUGUAGCGAAGCAGGUCUUGAUUGCUCCUCUACCCUACGGAACGGAACUCUUCGAACCUAUCCCGAAGUCAACGCUUGACCGGGAGAACGCCCGGUAUACUACCUCGCGAGAGCUUCAUGAGCGAUUCCACCCCAUCAUCUCGUCGGCGGUCGGUACUUUCGUCCGUGACCUCCAGCUGGAAGUACGGGAUGACGAUCGGGAGGCAGGGUGGAAUACCCUUCGUCGCACGGCCACAUACCUCACUCAGCUCGACAUCUUCAUCCUCGACCGCUUCCGAACCCAGCCGGCGGAAUGGGAUGAUCCCUGGUACAAUGCAGACUACGACGACAGUGUCGGCGAGGAGGAGGACAGUGACGAUGAGAAGGACGGCGGGGGACGGCCGGACCCCGAGGCGUGGGGAUUGUGGUGGGAGGGUACGCCGGACUACUUGGAAGACUGGUCAGGCGUGCUCGGAACCCCACCCGUCCGCUUCUCCAACCUUACGAAGCUCACCAUGACGGCUACCAGUCGAGGUCUCCACCACCUCCACCAGCUGGCGCAGCUCGCGCCCAACCUCGGCGAUCUGACGUGGAAAUGCGACUGGGGCGGAGAAUUCACCUUUGGCGCGAUGGACGGACCCGAGCUGUCCGGUACAUUCCCAAACCUCGUAUCGCUCGCCGUCGUUGCUCACCCGAUGAUGACUGUCACCGCCGCCCUUAACAUCCCUCGAUGCUCGCCACGUCUCCGCUCUCUCCUCCUCCACAUCCCCAAUCCCACAACCAUCCCCAAUAUCGUCGACAACGAACUCGUGGACCUCGUACGGCUCAUUUCCCAGCGCAGGGGCUUGACGCGCCUCGGACUCUACGACGGGAUCGUCGACGACUUCCUCCACUGCGUACACGGGCUCCAAGCUGAAGGCCCCUCCUGCUGCGGCUUCGCACACCUUAUAUCACUCGCCCUCGAGCGGCAGUAUGAGGAGGAUGAGGAAAUGAUGGACGACGAAGGGGAGAUGCCGAAUUAUUGGCCUUUACUGGAGGAUUCUUCGACGAUCACUCCUCGUUUCCCCAAAUUACCGCCAAAAAUUCACUUCCGGCGCCUUCACCCUUGGGGAGUUGGACGCAACAGGCUACACCGACUUUUUCGACUCAGAACUGUGCCUGCAAGGCCUCUUCCGGAACUAUCCAAGCCUUCAACGCAUACAAUGGAUCGCCGGUCUACCUCUCGACCCCUUCUCGUUUACCAAGGCGACUCGGGCGGAACGCAACGUCAAGUGCGUCGUGUCGCGAUCGGCCGGAUCGACUAUGGACUCGGGUCUGCCCUUGGCUACCGGUGA